AUGGCCUUAUCCACACUUUCUCCGCCAUCUCUGGCCACUAUCCCCGCCGCCUCGGCACCAAAGCUCGGACACCCUUCCGCCGCCGCCGUACCACUCCGAACUGACCUCCGGACUGAACGCAUCUCGACUGCCGCCGCCGGCAACUUCGCUCCUCUGCCGGCAGGUCCUCAUAAAUGGAGGACACGCGUCUCCUUCUUUUCUGGUUUACUGACCAACAACAGGGAAAAAAAUCGGGAGGCCACAAAAGAAGAGCUUCUCGAAGCCAUUGCUCCCCUCGAUCGUGGUGCCGAGGCCACCCCUGAAGAUCAACAAAUCAUUGACAAGAUAGCUCGGAAGCUGGAAGCUAUUAAUCCAACAAAAGAACCGCUCAAAUCCGAUUUACUCAACGGGAAGUGGGAACUCAUUUACACGACUUCCGAAUCCAUUUUGCAAACAAAGAGACCCAAGUUCUUAAGAUCUCGAGCAAACUUGCAAGCAAUUAACGCCGACACUCUUCGAGCUCAGAAUAUGGAGUCGUGGCCAUUUUUCAAUCAGGUUACUGCAGAUUUAACGCCACUGAGUGCAAAUAAAGUGGCUGUGAAGUUCGAUUACUUCAAGAUUGGUGGUUUGAACCCGAGCAACGUACGUUCUGAUCCCUCAGGCGAUAACCCGCGGCCCCAUCGAUCUCGCGGAUGCAUCUCCGCGCUUGCCGUGCAUAGCGCCCAACAUCUUCACGCACGCCCGCACAAGCGCCCAGACCUCGCCAGGCCUCGCACCACUACACAACACGAGCAUCGUGUGGGUUUCGCACGCGACACUCUUUGCGACCCAACAAAAACUCUAGGCAACAUAGGCCUUGCGCUGCGACAGUGCGAGAGUCUCACGACGUGCCAUGCGUCGUGCAGGCACAACGCCCAGUCUACAUUGACCCGUCGCGCCGCGGUGCCAGCAGUUUCAAAAUUUUGCUUGUACGUUUUUGUGGCUACUUUUGGCGAAUCCUAUUUGAGGAUAACUCGAACCUAG